GCUGCAGUAAGCCGUUAUUCGUUAUUCGUACAACAGGCAGCUCGCAAAAAAUUGCUCCGUUUCUUGUAUCGUGGUUUCUUAGAAAGAAAAGGAAAAAAGGUUAUACAAAAAUUGGUUAUGGGACGAAGAAAGCCAAACAAUAAGGAUUCAAUAAACGGCUCUGGCCACGCUAAAAAGGCGACAACUGUCACAACGCCGUUAACUACUGUCGAAAAAAUGACAUCAUGUGAUUUUCAAAGCGAUGACCGAGCCCACAUUGAGAUGAUGGCUCAGUCAGUAAAGGACACGGUUCGUAUUCGAUCGUUUCAGAACGCCAUACUACACAAUAAACAUUUAUUUCGUGGUCGGAUUGUCUUAAAUCUAAACUGCGGCAUAGGCAUCUUUGCUUUAUUUGCUGCGAAGGCUGGCGCCGCUAAAGUAUUUGCCGUAGAUAAUUCAAAUGUUGUUCACUAUGCUAGGCAAAUAGUGGAAAAUAAUAAUUAUGAUAAUAUUAUAAAAGUGAUCAAAGGUAGAAUUACUGAGACAGAGUUGCCCGUAGAUGAGGUUGAUAUAAUUGUGUGUGAUUGGAUGGGUUACGCUUUGCUUUAUCAGUCCACUUGCGAUGAUGUUUUGUACGCUCGUGAUAAAUGGCUAAAGAAGUCAAGUGGUCUUAUAUUCCCAGAUAAAGCGAGACUCUUUGUGGCUGCGUUAGAAGAUGAGAAGCACAAAAAUGAAAAUAUCGAAUGGUGGAAUAACGUUUAUGGAUUUAAUAUGAACUGCUUGCGAGAAGUCGCCAUCAAAGAGCCUAGAUACCAUAGCGUAAAAAUUCAACAGGUUUUAAGUAAACAAUUUCCCCUGCAAAUGUUGGAUUUGAAUAAAGCGACUUCCGUUGAUCUCCAUAUACGUAGUAAAUAUAUGCUAAAAAUGCAGCGAAGUGGACGUAUGGACGGUAUCGUAUUAUUUUUUCAUGUGUACUUUAGUAAAUCGCACACUCCUGUGGCAUUUAGUACUGAUCCGUGGUCACCGGUAACGAAUUGGUUGCAGACCGUUUGCUAUUUCGACCAACCUAUACCAGUAAAUGCUGAUUCUGCGUAUUUCGGAGGUAUAGAAUUUUAUUCGCCUACAUCUUCUUACGGCUUAGAAGAUAUGGUGAUAAACUUAGAAAUGUUGAAAGGUGAACCUGGCCAAAUGGAACUCGAGGCUGAAAUGAACUGGCGCAUGAGAUCUCCAAGAGUUCCACGAACUAUUUUAUUUAAUACCAUUGCGCAUUCAAAUGAUAAACCAAACAAGUUUCAACGUCAAAAGACGGAAAAACCAACAUGUAAAUCGUUUCCAAAAGUCCGAGCGAAUCGAAAACUAAUUUCUACCGAGAAGCAAGUUUUAAAAUAACUUUUUUGAUUUCUAAUUUUUGUAUCCCUUCGCUAUUCUAUGAAUGACUUUAAUAAAUA